AUGUUUUGGUCAUCUUUAGAGGAUUAUAAUUCAACUUCGAGUAGUAAUAGCAGUGAUUCAGAAGAAUUCCUUGAUUCUGUUGACACGCGCGAGGAAUAUGAAGUAUCCUUUAAAAAUUCAUUGCAGAAAAAUGAGGAAUCAUCUGAUACUGAGAAAAGGUUGCUUUCACAGGAAUCGAAAAUACUUUGUCGUGCAGAGACAAAUUCCCAUCCUUUUAUUCAAUGUCAAGAAACGGAUUCGUUUUACGAUAACGAAAGUCUCUCAAUGGCUCUGGAUAGAUUUAAACAAAAGAAUCAUUUUCCAUCAGAACAGACUCUAAUGCGAGAGGAUAUAUUAAAAACUCUUACGAGAUUAGAGAGAUUAAUUAAACAGCAAGAAAAAAUGUUAUCAACAAUGGAAUGUGAUUUGAUUUGCGGUAAAGGAAAUACUUCUGCCAUUGAUCUUUACCAGUAUAAGAUUCAUGAAACUUAUGAGAAUAGAUUAUUGCAAGGAACGCAACAAUUGUUUCAAAGUUUAGAAUCCCUUCGAAUUCAAUUAAAGCGAAUUGGAUUAAUUGAAGAUGAACGAAUUCAUUUGAUUGAACGUGUUUAUUCAUUGCCGUCAAGUCAACGACAAUUGUAUGGACAUUUAAUAAUGUUAGAGAAAGAAAAAUUACAAUUGACGCAAAAAUUGCAAGAUUACGAUAAAAUGAUAAUCGAGAGGGAGGAUUUAAAAAAACAGGUGAAUGUCCUUGUAGAAAAUUGUCUACAAAUGGAACGUGAAUUGAGGAAUUUACGACGAAAUAAUAAAACCGAGGAAUUAUUGAAUGAAUUAAAUGAAACAUCGACACACAAGGAUCAAUUGCGAAUGCAACUCGAUAAAAUUGUCAAAGACGGUCCAAAAGUAUUGAGAGUUUGCGGUGAAUCGAUAACAAAAAUUGUCGAAGAACGUGAUCAACUCAGACUGAAGCAAAGAAACACAAUUUUAUAA